CUAGGAGGUUGGAGGAGACGGGCAGCCGCUGCUUCACCUGCUUAUUCCCCCCAGCCAGGGGUAGGGGCGGCGCGCUGACACCCCCACCCCGAUCCCCACCUGCCCGGAGCAAAGUGCACCAACGCGCCGGGGGUAGUGCUGUUUGUGACGGGAGAAGUCCCAGCUGCAGAGCCCUGCUCCCAUGGUCCUGGGAGUCAGCCCGAGCGCUGGGCAAACAAAACUACAAGCAACCAGCAAGCUCCCUGGAGUCCAGGUUCUGAAUGUGUCAGGCAACAUGAAAACAGAAGAGACGCCAACGUGUUUGAAACAAACUUCUCCCACAUGCGACAGCAGCUCAGGGCAGGAACCAGGUCAGAUGUGUGCAGGCUGCAAACUCACCAUCACCGAUCGCUAUAUCCUGCGUGUCAAUGAACGCUCCUGGCACGAAUCUUGUUUAAAAUGUACAACAUGCCUGCAACCACUCUCUGGGACCUGCUACUGCCGGGACAGGCAGCUGUACUGCAAACACGACUAUGAAAAGUAA